AUGGGGAAUCUUCUGUGUUGUGUGCAAGUUGAGCAAUCUACAGUGGCUAUUGAAGAAAGUUUUGGACGAUUUGAGAAGGUGCUUGAGCCAGGAUGUCAUUGCUUGCCAUGGUUCCUUGGAAAACAACUUGCUGGUCAUCUCUCUCUUCGGCUACAGCAAUUGGAUCUUCGAUGUGAGACCAAGACAAAGGAUAAUGUCUUUGUUAAUGUUGUUGCUUCUAUUCAAUAUCGUGCCCUGGCAGAGAAGGCCAAUGAUGCCUUUUAUAAACUUAGCAAUACAAAGACCCAAAUUCAAGCCUAUGUUUUUGAUGUAAUUAGGGCAACUGUUCCAAAACUCAACUUGGAUGAUGCUUUUGAGCAGAAAAAUGAAAUUGCCAGAGCUGUGGAAGAAGAACUUGAGAAGGCUAUGUCAGCGUAUGGGUAUGAAAUUGUUCAAACGCUGAUUGUUGAUAUAGACCCAGAUGAGCAUGUGAAGCGGGCUAUGAAUGAAAUCAACGCUGCUGCAAGACUGAGGAUGGCAGCUAAUGAGAAGGCAGAGGCCGAGAAGAUCUUGGUGAUUAAACGAGCUGAGGGUGAGGCUGAAUCUAAAUAUCUCUCUGGGCUGGGUAUUGCUCGCCAACGUCAAGCAAUUGUGGAUGGAUUAAGAGAUAGUGUGCUUGGAUUCUCAGUUAAUGUACCUGGAACGACUGCAAAAGAUGUGAUGGACAUGGUCCUUGUCACUCAGUAUUUUGACACCAUGAAAGAAAUUGGUGCUGCCUCGAAAUCUUCUGCUGUGUUCAUUCCACAUGGACCUGGUGCUGUUCGCGAUGUAGCUAGCCAAAUUCGUGAUGGACUUCUUCAGGCUUCUCAUGAGUAG